UCCACAGUUCUACUGUAACCACGAGCCCUACCUAAUUUACCAGGAAAGAGUUUUGACAAGCUAGCAUGGCUUUUUGCUAAAGCUUUUGGAGAGACAGUUUGUCAGAUAGAUAGAUACUUUAUCUUCAUCAAGUCAUCAACUUAGGGAGUACAGGUGUUCUGUACAUUGGUGAGUUGCAAAGUGCUGUGAGGGGAAGAAUAGCCUAGCAUUGGGCAGCUAGCAUAACCUGAGUUGGUAGGCUAAUAUACAGCAAGCCACUUGGAUAUAAUUGAAAAGGUCCACAGUUGUAAGGUCAUGUGUCAGGCGCUGUAGAGAGGUAAGCUCUGCUACAAGGUUUUAGAACGUUCAGCGAAGAGGAGUGAAUUCUAUCCACUGAGGGUUAACUGUUGUGUUGCGGCCAUGCUAGCGGGUGUGGUGAGGGUGUUGCUCACUGGAGCCCUGCUGCUUGGUCUCUGCCUAGGCGCACAUGGGGGCUCUGGGAGGAGACGGGGUCAUGGAUGUCGCCAGAAGAGACAGGCAGGAAGUCCACCCUGGCAGGAAGACCCCAGGAUCCCUCGGAAGUACUGCAACCCUGCUGGGAACAGCAGCUCGUCUGGGAAUAUCAUCCAGGCAUGUGGCUCUGGUCAGUACCGGGAGUGGACAGGCCCUUUCAAAGGCCUGUGUGUGCCAUGCAGCUGCAACCGCCAUUCCCACCAGUGUGACCCAUUUACCGGAAGAUGUCUGGAUUGCCAGCACAACACUGCAGGUGACCACUGCCAACACUGUGCUGAGGGUUACUAUGGUGACGCGGCUCAAAGAACAUGCAAGCUGUGUCCGUGCCCCUUUUCCGUGCCAUCCAACAGUUUUGCGUUGGGGUGUAUGCAAGUUGGCAACGUGUUUGAAUGCGUUUGUAAGCAAGGCUAUGCUGGAACAAAAUGUGAAAAGUGCGCUCCUGGUUACUAUGGUAACCCACUAUUACCACAUGGGAAGUGCCAGCCAUGUAACUGUCGCCAUGGUGACCCCAAUAAGUGUCACCCUACAACUGGAGAGUGCGAGAAUCCUAAUGGUUCGGACGACUGCCAAGAGUGUGAUGUGUGUGUGGUGGUCCUGAUGAAGGAUCUGGAGGGGAUGGACGCUGAGCUGUCCCUUCUGAAGGCCCAGCUGGAGAAGUUCCAUGGCAGCAGCAUCCCCCUCGUCCAGCUCAAGAGGCUGGAGGCGGCCAUCACUGACACCAGGGAGCUGUUAGGCAGGUUCAAUGUUUCCCUGGAGCCCAAGGUCAAGCAGUUGGAGUCAGACAUGAGGACCAUAGAUGACGACCUGGUUGCCCUGGACAACAAGGCUAAAAAGCUUGUCCCUGCAUCAGAAGGCGUGUUGAGGAAUGUGACCCACAGCAAACACAGAAGCCAGGAACUGCUUAACAGAGCGGAAGAUCUUUUUCACAAUAUACAGGCGCUCCUGGAGGAGAUCCGCAGGGCUAAUCAGAGCCCCAGCGGCGGCCUGGUGCCCGAGGAGGGCGCUGCCCGGAUGCUGCGGGAGGCCGAGCGGAUGGUCCAGGAGAUGAGAGGUCGGAACUGCACGGCCCAGAUGACAGCGGCCCGCACGGAGCUCCAGCAGGCCCAGAACCUGCUUGACAUCAUUCGGAAUCUCACGGAUCCUUUGAGCACCAAUCAGGCGUUGGCAGACAGGAUUGGGGGGUCUCUCAUGAGGGAUCUGGCUGCGCUGAGGGAUCUGCAGCAGGCCUUGAGACACGCCGAGGACCUGUUGCGGCGUACACACCACAUCAACAACCACAGUGAGACCACCCUCCGAAAACUACAGUCCCGCGCAACAGAACUGACGGAGGAGAGAGACUUGAUCAACGCCGACCAGCUGAUGGCAAGGGAGCUGCUGGGAAAUAUUUCAGAUCUGCUGAGCAUGUUACAGGACAGCAAGACGGAGUAUGAACAUUUGGCAGCACAGUUGGAUGGAGCGAAAACUUACCUUGUUAAGAUACUCGACACCCUGCUGUCUAUUGCGGACCUUGUGCAUCAGGCUGAGAUCCACGCACAGAACCUCAGCGAUCUGGCCAUGACCUUCUCAAUGGAACUGCAGAGAGUGGUGAACGGCUCAAGUGUGCGGGACUCCAUGGAGGCCAUCAGUGCCUACUCAAACAUCAUUAAGGCCAUUAAGGAGGCUGAGGCUUCUGCCAGGGACGCCAAGGAGGCAGCAGAGAGGGCAUUGGAGGAUGUUACAAAGCAAGACCUAACCAGGAGAGCCAAGACGCUGAUUGGGGAUGCAAGCAGCUUGCUGCUCAAGGCCAAGGAGGCAGAGAAGAACCUGAAUGACACGGCAGAGGAUUUAGGUUCACUGCAGGAACGGGUUGGUCUGGCAAAGGACAAGAUGGCUGCUCUGUGGCGGGACUUACGGGCUAGCCAGCAGAACCUCAGCAAGAUUGACAGAGGUAACACAGAAAGUCUCUUAAACUCCACCAAGGCAGAGGUGUCGGCGGCUGAGGCCAAGGUCGCCACCGUGACAACGAGAGUUCAGGAAAUCAGUGCCGGCCUGAGAAACAUUAGCGUUCCAUCUGCAGGGGGGUCUGAUCUGGAUGAGCUGCUGAACCAGACAAACAGUGCAUUGCAGGCACUGGACCAAACAUUUCCCACACUGGUCAAGACCCUUGCAGAUGUGGAGAACAUCAGUGCUCUGGCUCUCCCUGGUGGGAACAUGUCAGAGAGCAUGAGGCGGAUUCGGGAACUAAUCAAGCAGACGAGGCAGAUGGCUAACGCAAUCAAAGUGCCCAUGUUGUUUACGGGCAAGGGUUAUGUCGAACCCCGACUCCCCGUCGACCUAAGGGACCUUCGUGCAGUGACGACCUUUGACCUCCGCCUACAGCGCCCUCUUGUGAAGCCCUCAAGGGGUGACUCAAGCCGCAGGCGAAGACGCAGACAGGGCCAAAGGACAGCAGAGGACAUGUUUGUGCUCUAUCUCGGGAACAAGAAUGGCGCUGAAGACUUUGUGGGCAUGGUGUUGCGGGGCAACAUCCUGUACGGCAUGUAUCGGCUGGGCGGUGCCGUCCACAGCAAGCUCAUCAGCAACGUCACCAGAUCAAGACAGGACCCAGCGCAUUUCGACCGUGUGGACUUCCAUAGGGUUUACCAGGACAUGGAGGUGAAUUACACUCGAGGCUACACCUCCAGUGAGCCUAUGAUCCUGCCUGCAGUUCAGCUGCAGCCAGACUCCCAGCACAACCUCCUCCAGCUGGACCCCAACAACACUGUCUUCUAUGUGGGAGGCUUCCCGCAAGACUUCACUCCCCCUGUAGAGAUGGGUCUGGGCCUGUCCUUCUACCAUGGCUGCAUCGAGUCCUCCACGCUUAACCAUAAGCUUCUGGGCCUCUACAACUUCCAGCGAGUCGUCGACGUCAACCAGGAGCGCCCUUGUACAAGGCAGAUAUAUCAAACUGAGGAGCUGUAUUUCGAUGGCACUGGCUACGCUACAGUUACCAUUCCCAAGAUAAAGGGUCUACAGAGAGUUCAGUUCAGUGUGAAGAGCUUGCUGAAGAAUGCCCUGCUCUUCUACACAGGGAAUGAGAAAUCCUACUAUAGUCUGACUGUGGAGAAGGGCUACCUCGUCCUAACUGGCAGUGUCGGUGGCAAGAUCUUUUCCAACCGGACAUCCAAAGAAGUCUUUCCCACGGCCAGAGACAAGUUCAAAGACAUUAACGUUCGGUUCAGUGACACAACUGUAAUACUCUUUGAAAACCCCGCAAUUACGAUCCCUUACACCAAAGACGUCUUCAACUUACUUUACAUCGGCGGAGUCCCAGAUUCUUUAAGAGAGAGGGACGGCAUCACAGCCCCAGCACUGAAGGGCUCCUUGCAGAAAGUGCCCAAACUGAACUAUCAGAGCGAGAACUUCAUAGAGAUGCUUGGUGUCAUAAAGGGCUUCUGGCCGGACCUACUGGCUGUUCGUGAUGCAGAGUUUAAAACUGGCAGCUCCCUCACAGAAAAGGCAGCACCUUUUAAAGACGUGAUUUCUCUGGGGUUCAAGACUUCUGAACCAGGAAGCAUUCUUCUUCAGACCACUCAAGGGGCCCAGGAGCUGGAGCUGGCACUCACAGACGGGCACGUGGAGUUUAAAUAUGGCAGCCAGGCAGUGAGGUCCAACCACAAGUACCACGAUGGGAGAUGGCACUACAUGACGGCCCUCAGAAAUGACUCAAAGCUGGUGCUCACAAUUGAUGACAACGACACAGGGAGCCACCUGUCCAAUCCAUCCCCUGUCGUAACCAAUAGCCAGGACCUCACUUUGGGGAGAGAGGUUUUCACUGGUUGCCUUGGAGACCUCUACAUAAGAAGGCCAAUGCAGCAGUACAUGCCAGCAGACCUGUCCCUGUUCACCCAGAAAGGAGACGUCACCCUGGGCUUCUGUGAAGCACAGCGCCCCCCUCAGGCCAUACGAGCCAAACACAAGAAGAAAAUCACAAAAUACAUGUACAAAAAGAAACACAGUAAGAAAAAGAGUGGAUCUCGUCCUGAUGCACAGACUUGUAAGACUCCCGUGACCAUCCCUCAAGCCUUCUACCUGACCAACAACAGUCAGCUCAGCUAUCGCAUCCCUCCUGAGGAGCUCAACAACAGACCCCAUUUCUCGCUGGUGAUGAAGACUGCGUCUCCAGAGGGCCUGAUUCUACACAUCAUCGGGAAAGACAACAACAAGACCACAACCCAAGUGGCUCUCUACAUGACUGGUGGCAGGAUAAAGUUAGCCGUCGGAAAAAAAGUCAUUCAUUACAAGGAGAAGAUAAAUGACAACGCAUUUCACAAGGUGGACUUCAGCGUGGAGAAAGAGAAACAACGCUUUCACCUGCGGGUGGACACCGUUUGGGGGACCGACGGACAGCUACCUGCUGAUGUGGUAACCCACCUCAACCUCAGGUCACCUGUCUACCUGGGUGCGGACCUCAGAACUCCCAAAGCAGGAGCACAGAGGAAGUCCCUGCUCAGGGCUGGUGUGACAGGGUGCAUUUAUAAUAUCAAAUUUUACAGUGAGCUGUUGGAUGAGCCUCAGACAAAAUCAGGAGUAUCGUCAUGUUUUGACAGUGAAAUGGAGUCAGGAGUCUUUUUCUCUAGUGACGGAGGUUGCUUGGCCUCCCAGACUCCUUUGAUGGUGGAGGCUGAUUUCUACCUUACUUUUGACAUCCGCCCCCGAGACUUAAUGGGUUUACUUUUUUAUGCAAGAGGACAACACAGGCGAUUUAUCAGUGUGUACCUGCAGAACGACAAGAUAAUUGCUCGAGCCAAUGAUGGAGGAGGAGACUACAGUGUGUCGAUAGCAAUUUCAUCCAGCCUGUGUGACUCUUUCCACUCAGUCACAGUGCACAAACAGAACAAUGGCAUCAAACUGGGGCUGGAUUCUAAAUCCAGACGCGUCUCAGGGCCUUCGGCUGCCUCCUAUUCCAAGACCCCAAACUCAUUCUACUUUGGGGGUGUGCCAGGAGACCUCAAGGACACGCUCAUCCCGCUGGAGCGGUCUUAUGUGGGCUGCCUUCGGAACGUGCAGCUGAAUGGAGAAGAGGUUUUGCUUUCCCGCUAUACACCCCAUGGUUCAGUGAGCCUGCAGGGGUGCCCUGUAAACUAAGCAACGGACAGUCAACACUCAACACCCACCUGAUCCAGUUCUAACAUAAGAAUGAGAAAUGUCAAUUGUCCAUGUUUGCGUAUGCAGUUUAUGCAGAUUUAAGUCUUUGAGAAUCAGGGCCUGUUGCCAAAAGAAGGCAGAGGCAGGCGAGGAGGCGAAACACAGAGGAGUGUUGAGGAUAUCUGCAUUAGGAUUCGCUAGAGUGAAUAUGACAUUUACAUUUAAUCAUUUGGCCGACAUUCAAAGCGACUUACAAAAAAGGGAAUAAUCAAGGUACAGUGUGACAAUAUGAAAGAAUGCAUAACAACACUUGAGAUUUAAAGUGUGAUGAGAUCUUAAUGAAUUAACAAAAAAUGUACAGAUUGAACUUUCAGCACUUCUGAGACAAAAGGACUGUUGCUGACACAGAGUGAGUCUGUUUAGGAAAAUGAACUCUUAUUUGCAUUUGAGACUGCUGCUUUAGCUUUAAUGAAAAUGCUUGAAAAUGAAGAUUUUUAUGGGUGUAAGAUAGGUCAUUUUGAAAGGGCUUUGAUAAUGGUGCUUUCGAAUCACAUCUACUGUUUGUAAAAAUUAAGUGUUAAGAAAACAUCAUACGUCAAAUAAAUCUACAGCUAACUUUUACAUUCGGUGAUGUUUGCAAUUUGUUUAAAUGUAUUCAUAUUAUGAGCAAUUACAAUAAAUCAAUUUAUUGAAAA